AUGUCGAAUUACGAAGAGGAACAUAACAUAGCUUCACAAGAGCUGCUACAACAACUGCUGGAAUCACAACUGCGAUCCCAAGAUCGUGGUCGAAAUCGAGAAACACUCACUGAUAUACUUGAUUCAUUCAUCAAUAGAUCACACAACCACAAUCGCAAUGAUAGCAAUAACAAUGGCAACUCAAGUGACUCUGCUGCUUAUGACUCUAAUUACGCAUCAAUUACAUCAGUUGAGGCACUAGCUGCUGCAUUAGAUCAACUACGCGCAAUGGACAACUCCAGUUUUGCAGAUUCUUUGCUUUCAAUCCUUGAUAAUCAAUCGUCUAAAACUAAGGGGGUCCAGCCAGAUUUUUUGGAUACUUUGGAGAGGGUGUCUGUAAAGGAUAUUAAAGAUGUCGAGGCCUCGUGUCCAAUAUGCACAAAUAGAUUCAAAGACGAUAAAUACCCCCUCAUUGUGAAAUUGCCAUGCACUGGUUCAGUGAAGCACGUUUUUGAUUUGGAAUGUAUCGGACCAUGGUUGAUGACUAAUUCCACGUGUCCAAUGUGUAGAACUGAUGUGUUGGCAGUUGCAGAGAAUAGAAGAAAACGGAUAGAAGAGGAAAUUCGAAAGGCAAAAGAGGAGGACUCUGAAGAGGAACCAGAAGAAGGGUGGGAUGUUUAUGGAUAG